GCAAACUGUAGCUCCCGGAGAACUGUCUCGGGUCAGGGCGUGUUCCUAUCGGAGGCGCUCUUCUUGUCAUCCGGGUUGGGGGGGCUCGAACGGUCGUCUUUUUCAACAUUUGGCGGACUGAUGUCAAACCUACAGUAGAUAUGGAUUUCGACGCUUUAUUCAACGAAAACACAUUUCAGUUUUCGGACUUCCAGGAGUUCACGUUUCUUCCUGGACACCAGCGGUUGACAGAACGAGUGAGAAAGCGACUCUAUUAUGGCCUGGACCAAGACGUGUCUCUAGAUUCCUUCUCUUUUCCUGUUACAGAUAUCGCUGUUGAAAUAUUCCAGAAGUCCGCCCCAAGCCCCAUACGCAAGCUCCAGAAGAAGUAUGCUGCUCAUGUUUCCAGGGAGGCUUGCAUCUCGCCCUGUGCCAUGAUGCUGGCUCUAGUUUACAUAGAAAGGCUCCGACAUAGAAACCCUGAGUACCUACAAAAGAUCUCAUCCUCUGACCUCUUCCUGAUCUCCAUGAUGGUUGCCAGCAAGUACCUGUACGACGAAGGCGAGGAAGAAGAGGUUUUCAACGACGAGUGGGGAGCGGCUGGGAAACUGGACGUCAAAACCGUCAAUAACCUGGAGAUUAACUUCUUGAACGCCAUUGAGUGGAGCCUCUUCACGGAGCCAAAUGACUUAUUUGAUGUGCUGAGUCAAGUGGAAACCAGCAUUGCAGAGCGGCAGGGGAUGAAACGCGGUUGGUUCACCUACACUGACCUUUGUGUGCUACUGGAGCAGUCGGCGUGGAGUCACGCCCUCACAGCCAUCUGCCAGCACUUCACUAAGGUUUCCUGUAUGCUUGGCCUGGUGUACCUGACCAGUGUGGCCGGCCUUAUUGCAACCAGCGCUGUGCUGCACCAGUUCAGCCUCUCCAAAAGCGGCCAGUCCCUGCUCCCACCUCCGGCUGAGAUUAGCCCCGACCUUCACACCGACCCGAAUACAGAAGCUCCUCCUCCGGCCCUCCCCUGUUGCAACCUGGCCAACAAGAGUGUGAGCCAUCGGAGCGGUACACUUGGAAUUGGCCAGGAACCCAUACAAAGCCCCCCUACCUCUGAGACUUCGCUAUUGUGUCUCUGGGGCUCCCUCCUUGCCUCGAUGGGUCACAUACAUCCUGAAACUGAUUCCGAGACAGAAACACCCCGAGCCUGGUCUCCCGCCUCCUUCUUCUGUCCCGGCUGCCUUGCAUCCUUUCCUCCUCUUCAAUGCGGUCUCCGAAACACCUCGACAGCUCACGGCCCCAGAGAGGACCAUCAACAUCAACACCGCGCGCCCUGGCUGGCUUCCGGCCUCCUCGGAGGGGCGCAGCCCAACCUGAACUCUCGCCUGGGGGUGUUUCCCCCCAUACAGCUGGGACCCUCCCACCCAAAGUCCAUGCUACCCGUUGACAAAGCCCAAGCUCUGCUGAUGCCCGGGUAGCGAUUGGCACCCUCCCACUCCUGCCGUCGACCUGUGCUCGUGGACUCUGGAAUAAAAAAAAAACAGCGUCGUGUUUUCAUGACUCAUCAACUGCGUCAAGUCAUGUUUUGUUUACUUUUCCGGAUGCCAAAAAAAAAAAAAAACGCCAUAGUUUGAUGCUCUGCAGCUCGUUCAGAAUACAAAAAAAUAUCACCGUUCACAAUUUAAAGAUAGUUUAUGUUUUUUCCCACUGUUUAAGUGUUUUGCCACUGACAUUUAACGGUCGAAAGUUCAGACCCAUCUGGUGGUGGUGUGAGUUUUGAGUUAUUAAAUUACAGAUGGUGAAGCUGCUUGCUACUUUGCAAGUUAAUGAAGGUGUGGGGAGGUUGCACAGCAAAAAAGAGUUUAGUUUUAAGUACGUUUUCUCUUUAAUGAAGCAGCUCUGAGAAGAAGGUACUAACUCCGUUAACUGUGACUACUUCUUUUAGGGCUUAUCCGUACUUGCUUUGUUUUAGCAUUGUGUUUUUCAUGAAUGGCUUACAUGCUUUUUUUAUCAGACAAUUGUCAUACAUGUGCAGCAAGCACUGAUUUUGCACACCAUAUUUCUGUUACUGUUUGUGAAACAAAGUUUAUUCAGGAAGUAGACAGUUUGAAUGCAGACGCCGUCUUCACACCUCAGCAAAAUGGUCGAUGGCCACACAGGAAGAGAAAAAGAACCUCCACCUAUUCUGGUCAUUUAUAGCGUUAAAGGUCUGUCAAAUUUUUCUUUUGUGGGUUGACAGUAUGUUGCAUAGUCUGACAGGCGCUUUUCUGUAACAUGGUAAAGGUUAAGCGAGAUUAAUACCUAUGGGCUCCAGCGGGUUUCUUGUCACUUCGAAUAGGGUUCUGGUGGGUGGUGUGUGUGGUCCCCCGAGACAUUGACUUUAUAAUCAAAAAAACAUUUGAAUUUGAUACAGAACAAUGUUCUUUCAUUUUGUACAUGGUGUAAAAUGCAAUUAUUGUACAAAUCUGUAAAAAGGAGAAACGGGAAAUAAUAAAGGAAGCACUUAUUUGACCUUU